AUGCUUCAGAAUCAGUUGCCCAACUUAGUAAUUUUCAUAUUUUUAAUAUACAAAACCACUGAAACCCUUUUGCAAACGUCAACACGUCUCCAAGUGUAUCGCUUAGUUUGUAACUACAUUACUGGAACCGAUAGUAUGGAUUUGAAUUCCGUAUGCCUCCGAUAUGCUGAAGUGGAUAAAAUCGAUUCUGACUUAGACAAUCCCAUACAGAAAAAUGCUGCUCCCUUUAUUAUUGGUUACAGAGUUCUUCUUAAUCUACCUGCAAUGUUUAUUUGCCUAAUUCUUGGCACUUGGUCAGAUUCAAAUGGGCGAAAGACCCCGAUGGUUAUUCCAAUGAUCGGUGCUUGCUUGGCCUGCUGUCUUUUUGGAGUAACUCUGAUACCUGGCUAUUCCUCUAUCCCUUUUCAAAUGGCUUGGCUUCUUACAGGAGCUUUACUAUACGGACUAUGUGGAAAAAGCAGCGCACUUGGAAUGGGGGCACAUAGUUACAUUACUGAUUGUAGUACAGAAAAUGAACGUACUACUAGAAUAGGCAGAUUGAUGGGAUCAAAUUUCAUUGGAUUGUGUCUUGGGUCAUUGCUUGUCACUCUAUUUUACUACCUAUCUUCAUAUGGCUGGGUCUUGCUCUUUGUUGUUGCCUUCAAUAUUGGAACACUGAUUAUAUUAGUUGUACUGGUAAAAGAAAGCGUUUCAAUAAAUUCUCAUGAUGACAUCGGUUGUGAAUACGGAUCACUAUACGUAAUGAAUCAGCCUACAGAGGAUGAAACAGCAUCCGGCUCGAGAGAAACUUCGCAUAAAAGUGGACGCAGGUGCUGCGUGACAAUGAUGAACUCUUUAGCGGAAUCAUGGAAUUAUUUGUCCAGACAGAGGCCAAACGGCCGGCAUAUUUACAUCCGAAUUCUCUUAGGAGCAGUUCUUUUUAACCAAGUUACGAAGGCUGGGGAGCAGGAUAGUAUCCUUCUCUAUGUGGUGCGUAGAGAUAUUGGAUGGACAGAUGGGAUUUAUGGCGCCUAUCUUGGGGUUUACUACGCUUCCAUGGCGAUCAAUCUCAUCCUCAUCUUUCCUCUAGUUGACUAUUUAUUUCAUCCCUCAGAUGUGACUCUGAUUCUUAUAGGAUUGGUGAUGAAAUCGAUUCGGCUGAUUGGAACUGCUUUGACAACUGACACUAUGUUGAUUUUCAGCUUUGCUGUUAUUGGGGCGUCGGCAGGAUUUAUUAUUUCCUCUCUGCGUUCGCUGAUAACCAAAUUAGCUGAUUCUGGAGAAGUAGGAACAAGCUUUGCGCUCAUGUCAGUUCUAGAAACAUUUGCUAACUUGUUUGGAUCUAUUCUAUUUACAUCUGUUUAUGCUGCUACGGUGUCUGUGUUUCCAGGAUGUAUCUUCAUCAUUGAUGCUUGUUUGCAUAUCGCAAUGAUUGGACUGAUGGCAUGGCUAGGGUGGCGUUUAAAUGAACUUCCUGGUUCGAACUAA